UGAAUGAGUGACACGUCUUCGGAUCAAUCACGGGCAAUAACGUUGAACUGGGGGCGGAGCUACGCCGGCUACGGUCGCGUAGGAGUGGUUGCCAUGGUCGGCAUGUCUCCCUAGCGACGUUGUUUUAGAGGGGAAGGCAAUGGCAGAGACAACUGACAACAAGAAAGAUGAGGCAGACUACAAGAGACUGCAUAGUUUCCCUCUUAUACGGCACACAGAUAUGUCCGAGGAGAUGAGGGUGGAGACCAUGGAGCUCUGUGUUACAGCAUGUGAAAAGUUUGCCACUAAUAAUGAGAGCGCGGCUAAAAUGAUAAAAGAGUCCAUGGAUAAGAAGUUUGGAAGCUCUUGGCAUGUGGUGAUUGGCGAGGGCUUCGGUUUUGAAAUUACGCACGAAAUGAAGAAUUUACUCUACAUGUUUUUCGGUGGAAGUUUGGCAGUGUGUGUAUGGAAGUGUUCCUAGCCCAGAGCGCCUCACAAACACAGACUGUUCGGCAAACACAAGCACACUACAAAGCCAAACCAACGGGCAAGAACAAAAUCUUCAAUUUGCCUUAUGCUUUCCAACAACUUUAUACACUUGUGUGUGUGCUGGAAAAAUAAAUUUUUUUGUGUUGUUUUCUUAUCAGUUCACUACCGUACAGGGUCAUAGAUUCAUUUCUUGAAGUUUAUUUUGAAAGUUGCAUUUUGUCCUCGUCUUCCUUGAAGCUGAUAUGCCAUCUGUGUGUUUUAUUAUUCAUCUAUUUGUCACAUCAUCUUUCUGUCUGUCCAUUACUUUUAUACUCUGUUUUGUAUUUCUAAAAUCCACCUCUUUCAUUUCUUCUGACAGAUAUUGUAUUUUUAUAAUAUAAAAGGCUAUUUUUUAAUUAAUAUGUGAAUACAUAUUAGCCGUUUUUAAAACUUCUGAUAUUUUAUAGGCUGUAAUUGUAAAUUUUAUACAGCUGUAUUGUAUGUUUGUUUUAAUUAUUAGAAUAAAUGCAAUUAAUGACUAUUAAUAUCUUAUGUAAUAAAAG